AUGGCGCUCGCACCGGAAUCGGUGUCGCUGACUGCCGACGACUACCGUCAAACGUAUGCCAUCUUCCAAAAGGACAGAGAAGGCGGCUAUCCUUCCGAUCGCCAUCGCCUCGCUGACCAUAGAGACUAUAUCGGAGUCAGCAUCUUGCCCCGGGUGAUACAGACGCACCAGGACGUGAAGUCGUUGCGCGCGGCGAUGGCGAAUCUCAGCACGGUGAUUGAUCCGAGUGCCGUGAGCGUAAAACUGCAGGAGACUGCAGUGAACGCAGAAACAACGGCGCUCCGUAUCGGGGGGUUGGAAGCUGGGUUGGGGAGCGUGGCAGAGGCGGCGACGGUGGGGAGCCAGUUGGUGGAGAAGCUCAACAAACUCGAGGCGAAGAUAGAUGCAAUCCAGGCGGAAGUGAAAGAAACGAAGGCACAGGUGGUGGCGCAAGGAGACAAAGAAAUGUGUCGCUGCGUCAUUAUGUAA